AUCUGGUGCUGGAGACAUGCGACCUGCAGUGCGAGCGCAACGGGCGGGAGCACCGGACGGCAGAGAUGGGGUGCCAGCAGCUGGUGGUGCGGCGGGGACAGCCCUUCACCAUCACCCUGCGCUUCUCUGGCCGGGGCUACGAGGAGGAGGUGGACAAACUCGCCUUCAACGUCGAGACGGGACCCUGCCCCACUGAGACAUCAGGAACCAGGUCCCACUUUGAUAUGACUGACUUCCCAGAGGAAUCGAGCUGGAGUGCUGUGAUGCAGCAGCAGGAUGGGGAGUCCCUCUCUGUCUCACUCUGCUCCCCAACCAGCGCCCGCAUCGGCCGCUACAGCCUGACACUGGAGACCUCCACCGGCUACCAGGGCUCCAGCUUCCACAUCGGGGACUUUGUCCUGCUCUUCAAUGCCUGGCACCCAGAGGACACAGUUUUCCUCCGUGACGAGAACGAGCGCCGUGAGUACGUGCUGUCCCAGGAAGGGCUCAUCUACCAGGGCACCUCCGACUACAUCUACUCCAUCCCCUGGAACUUUGGCCAGUUUGAGGAGGACAUCUUAUCCAUCUGCCUCAAGAUGCUGGACAUAAACCCCAAAUACCUGAGUGACCAGAACCAGGAUUGCUCCCUCCGCAAUGACCCUGUGUACAUCGGCAGGGUGGUGAGUGCCAUGGUAAACUGUAAUGAUGAGGACCAGGGGGUGCUGGCAGGACGGUGGGACAACCGCUAUGAGGAUGGGAUGAGCCCCAUGGCCUGGAUUGGGAGUGUGGAUAUUCUCAAGAGGUGGAAGAAGUUUGGGUGCCAACCAGUCAAGUAUGGCCAGUGCUGGGUCUUCGCUGCUGUGGCAUGUACUGUCAUGCGGUGUCUGGGGGUCCCCAGCCGGGUGGUGACCAACUACAACUCAGCCCAUGACACCAAUGCCAACCUGAUCAUCGACCGCUACCUCAACGAGACAGGGGGGCAGGAGCGGCAAUCCUGGGACAAGAUCUGGAACUUCCACUGCUGGGUGGAGUCCUGGAUGGCCCGUCCAGACCUGGGAGAUGGCUACGAUGGGUGGCAAGUACUGGACCCAACGCCCCAGGAGAAGAGUGAAGGAGUUUUCUGCUGUGGGCCUGCCCCUGUCAAAGCCAUCAAGGAGGGUGACCUGCAGCUGAACUAUGACAUCCCCUUCAUCUUCGCGGAGGUGAACGCUGACGUGGUGUACUGGGUGGUGCAAAGCGACGGGAUGCAGAAGCAGAGCAUCCAGUCCUCCGUGGUGGGGAAGAACAUCAGCACCAAGAGUGUGGGAAGGGACAGCCGGGAGGACAUCACCCACACCUACAAGUACCCAGAGGGGUCUCAGGAGGAGCGGGAGGUGUUCGCGAAGGCAGAGCACGAGAAGAAGUCCCACGGGGAGGAGGAUGAGGGGCUGCAUCUCAGGAUCAAGCUGUCAGAGGGUGCAAAGAAGGGCUGCGACUUUGAUGUCUUCGCUGUCAUCAACAACAACACGGACGUGGAGCGUGUCUGCAGGGUGAUGCUGUGCGCCCGCACCGCCAGCUACAACGGCACUGUCGGGCCCCAGUGUGGCCUGAAGGACCUGCUGCAUGUUGACCUUGCACCCCGGGCAGAGAAGAGAGUGCCCCUGCGCAUCCUGUACGAGGAGUACAAGGACAACUUGACCCAGGACAACCUCAUCAAGGUGGUGGCUCUCCUGACCGAGUAUGAGACCGGUGAUGUCAUCGUGGCUGUCAGGGAUGUCUAUGUUGAGAAUCCACAGAUAAAGAUCAGGAUUUUAGGAGAGCCAAUGCAGAAGCGGAAGCUGGUGGCAGAGAUCAGCCUGGUGAACCCCCUCGCAGUGCCCCUGAACAACUGUGUGUUUGUGGUGGAGGGCGCCGGGCUCACCGACGGACAGCGGGUCAAGGAGCUUGAGGAGCCAGUGGAGCCGCAGGCGGAGGCCAAAUUCCGGAUGGAUCUGGUGCCGCAGCUGUCGGGGCUGCACAAGCUCAUGGUGGACUUUGAGAGUGACCAGCUGACGGGGGUGAAGAGCUACCGCAACGUCAUCAUCGCACCCCAGCCCAUGUGAGCAGCUACCAUGGCCCCCUGGCUGCAGAAACCCUGCCUCGCUGGCCCCCCACUU